AUGUUUUAUGCCUCCGUGUCGAAGUUUCAGGAAACCACUGAUUGUUCAUCACUAAAUCUUCAACAUCCUCCUUGUUUUAAUAGAUCUUCAAAUAUAACACGCAUAAACCUGAGUUACAAUGACUUGGAGAAAUUUCCAAUUCAUUUACCGACGGCUCUGGAAUAUCUUGAUUUAUCAUACAACAGAAUUUCAGGUGAAUCACCAAUGUUAUACACGAUUUAUGGACGACUGAAAUACCUCAAUUUAGAUCACAAUAAGCUUACUAAUCUUAGUUUUUUGACAGUGAUUUCUAACAUGUCAUAUUUAGAAUUCCUGUCCAUAAAAGGCAAUAUUGAUAAGCGGUAUACCAAAUAUCCUGACAACUUGCUUUUUGGAUUAGUUUCAUUAUCACAUCUCAGAAUUGAUGGCGUUCAGGAUGGAAACUUUGGGGAUAUAUUUUUAGAAGAUAAAAUUGAGAGUUUAAAAUUCCUGGAUGUAUCUGGCUACAAUGGUGUAUGCAAAAUUUCUCACUUGAGGUUUAAUGUAUUGGAUAAAUUCAAUUUAACAUAUCUGGAUUUAUCUUUUUGUAACAUAAGAUCCAUUGAAAUUGGGGCUAUGGAUGCCCAGACCUACUUGCAAUACUUAGAUAUUUCAUAUAAUCAACGACUCGGUUUCAGAGGGCUUGCAAACAUCUCUAAAGACCUCCAGGAUACUGCAAUCAAGGUACUUAGACUUGCCAAAUUACACUGCACUUUUGGGCUAGGUACCAUCCUGCUACGAAACCACACAAAAUAUCUUCAAAGUACAUCCCUUGAAGAAUUAUACCUUGACAGCAACAGAUUGGAAAUCAUCGAGGUUGGGGUUUUACCAAAUUUACCCAAAUCACUGAAGCAUUUGUCUGUCGGAGACAACAAGAUUGAUAACGGCAUGUAUGUGUUACAAACGAACUCCUUGCAUAAUUUGCUUAGUUUGAAUGUUAGUUUUCAAAUAUAUUCUCAUACAAAUUAUUUUGAUGGCUGCAACGAUUAUUCUUAUUCGUGUCAUAUCGGUCCAGAAAUGGAUCAUAAAGGCCAAAACAUAGAUCGACAUCAAGGAUCUUCAAACAUAUCAUUUUAUGUGCCUCCAAAACUAAAAAUAUUUUAUGCAAACAAUAUGAAGUUACAUAUUAGUGUUGGAGAACUGCAUUUUAUUAACAAUAAUGUGGAGUUUUUACAUUUUCAAAACAACUUUAUUGUUCAAAUUCAUGGUCCAAUAUUUGGUUGCCAUAACGUCAGAUAUUUAGAUAUGUCCAAUAACUUUUGUACAUACAUUUCAGCUCAAGCCCUUAAAUAUUCACCACAGCUAGAAAUUUUGAAUAUUUCGCAAAAUGAUCUCAGUUUCAGCUUAGAAAAGGACACAGACGGUGAAAUAUUUGGCAAUCAUAGAAAUUUAACCGUUUUGAAUUUACACGACAAUAAAAUACAUGCUUUACCAGAAAAACUUUUUAAAAAUAACUCAGAAAUACAACUCCUGAACACUUCGUACAAUAGAAUGGAGAAAUGGACAGCAGACAUACGUCAUAUGUCCCAGCUUCAAUACCUUGACCUAUCGUACAAUCUCUUGACCGAACUGGACGACACAGCUAUUAAUUUGUUGCCACAACAUAACAAUUUUACAAUCAAUCUUUCAGGAAACCCUUUGGUCUGUUCGUGUGCUACUCAGUUCUUUCUUGAAUGGAUGAAUAGACAGCCUCGCUCUAGAUUUAUAUAUUUACAAAACAUGACGUGUUCUUAUAGGGACGAUUCUCGAUUGUCACUGCACAAUUUGUCCUAUAUAGUGCAAAAACUACAAAAGACUUGUUCCUCAUAUACCUUACUUAUAAUGUGGAUAUCUUCACUUAUUUUCCUCUUCUUAAGCGUAACAAUUUAUCGAAUCAUUUAUCGUUAUCGAUGGACCGUUCUUUAUAUCUAUUACCUCACAAAGAGAUCAUUUUUUCCGGAGGUUAAACGUUCACGUAGGAAAGUGUUCUACGAGUACGAUGCUUUUAUCUCAUAUGCAGAACAGGACAGAGGCUUUGUUUAUAAACAGAUGAAAAAAAUGGAGGAAAACGGACUAAGGUUCUGCAUCCAUGACCGUGAUUUUAUUCCUGGAAAAGACAUCGCUGAAAACAUUACAAAUACCAUUCACAACAGCAGACGAAUAGUUUGUGUAAUGACAUCACAUUUCUUGAAAUCAUAUUGGUGCAUGUUUGAGUUAAAUAUGGCACGAAUGGAGAGCAUCUAUUCAAGAGGGGGAGAGAAUAUGCUUUUGUUAGUUUUAUUGGAAAACCAUAUCGUUGGAGAGAUGCCAUUGUCUCUCCUUCACGUCAUUGAAAACAAAUCGUAUCUCGAAUACCCGGAUGGAGGGAAUUUUAGGAGCGUAGAAAUCUUUUGGAGAAAGCUUGAAGAUACGAUAAAUGAUAAAGAAUGAUUUUACAAAUUGACAUUUUUGAUCUCAGAGAGAGAGAGAGAGAGAGAGAGAGAGAGAGAGAGAGAGAGAGAGAGAGAGAGAUUCCGUGUAUAUGAGGAAAGACUUCCAUUUGUCUGUGAAUUUCAUUGUUUCUUUAU